UCUUGUUUGGUAUAUUUACGAAAAUUUGAGUUUAACCUGUCAUUUGUAAUCAGAAAAUGCAAUUCAGCUACUAAAGAGGGCAGCACUCAAUGUGUCAAAUACUAAAAACAAAUCACCUGACAAGAGAAAGAAUUCGAUCCGAAACAUUUCGAAAUAUUUGAAAGAAAAACAAAAUAUAAAUUUAAAGAAGAAAAAUGUCCAAACUGGAAAAAGAACUACAAGAUAAACUAUUGAUCAAUUUAUUGGAUCUCGUUGAGCAAUCAGUUUUGUGUAAAAUGAAUAUCGAGACAACAACUAACGCUGGACAAUUGCUUUUGGCUAAAUCACGGUACAUUCAAGGACCACAAACUGUGUCCAAAUCACAGUUGCCCACCGAAAACAGUAACGAAUUCAAUGCCCUGAAAACAGUAACCAGAACAGAAGAUGAAAUUGAUAAUAAAUUUGAGCUCAGUGUACACACGGUGGACAAGGAGAAUGGUUUCAUCGAUGCAAUUCGUUGGUUUGGUGUACUCGUUCCGCGUAGCUUACAAAUGGCCCAGGAAAAAUUUAACCAAGCCGUGGAAUUGGUGAUCGAAUCAGCAAAUAUUCAAACUAAAUUAAAUAACACCAUUCGAUAUCUGUUAUUGUUAAGAAAUAAAUCAAGCUAAGAAAAAUAAAUGCCAAGUGAACUAAGUUGAUUAAUAAGA